UGACGUCACGGUCCCGCGCCCUCGUCGCCUGUUCGCGCCUGCGCUGCGGCCGGAAGGUCGUCCCUGUGACCGGCUUGGCUUUUGGAGCUGCUGUCGCCAUGUUGUCGGUCGCCGCCCGCUCGGGCCCGUUCGCCCCUGUUCUGUCGGCCACGUCCCGCGGGGUGGCGGGCGCUCUGCGGCCCUUGGUACAGGCCGCGGUGCCCGCCACCUCGCAGUCGCCUGUGCUGGACUUGAAGCGCUCCGUCCUGUGCCGGGAGUCGCUCAGAGGCCAGGCCGCGGGCCGGCCUUUGGUCGCUUCCGUUGGCCUCAAUGUCCCUGCUUCUGUUCGUUAUUCCCAUACAGACAUCAAAGUGCCUGACUUCUCUGACUAUCGUCGCCCUGAAGUGUUAGACAGUACAAAGUCUUCAAAAGAGAGCAGUGAGGCUCGAAAAGGUUUUUCCUAUUUGAUAACUGCAACAACUACUGUGGGUGUUGCAUAUGCUGCCAAGAAUGUCGUCUCUCAGUUUGUUUCCAGCAUGAGUGCUUCUGCUGAUGUGUUGGCCAUGUCGAAAAUUGAAAUCAAGUUAUCCGAUAUUCCAGAGGGGAAGAACAUGGCUUUCAAAUGGAGAGGCAAACCCCUGUUCGUGCGCCAUCGAACCAAGAAGGAAAUUGACCAGGAAGCUGCCGUUGAAGUGUCCCAGUUGAGGGACCCACAGCAUGACUUAGAGCGAGUAAAGAAACCUGAAUGGGUUAUCCUGAUAGGUGUUUGCACUCAUCUUGGUUGUGUACCCAUUGCAAAUGCGGGAGAUUUUGGUGGUUAUUACUGCCCUUGCCAUGGGUCACACUAUGAUGCGUCUGGCAGGAUCAGGAAGGGGCCUGCACCUCUCAACCUUGAAGUUCCCUCAUAUGAGUUCACCAGUGAUGAUAUGGUGAUUGUUGGUUAGAGACCUGGACUCAAGUUAUAGGCUUCAUUCAGUCUCAUGUCACCUCAGAAGAGUUACUUGAGAACAAGCCUUCUGUGCUUUGAGUUAGUUGAUUUGAAAUAUUUAAGAAUUGCUAAUAAUGUGUUUGCAAACAUGUAAAGUAAAUUGAAUUUAAUGUUGAAUACUUUUUAGCAUUCACCUAAAAAAGCCACCAUUAAACAUUGUUAUGCUCAAA